CUUACGCAGAUUUUAUAACGUAAACACACGGAGAAAAAUAUGGCCAAGCAAGUGGAGCAGUCUCUACCAAUCUUGGAUGAGCUUGAGAAACAAGGUACCGACAGCGAGGGAGUGGACAAGGUUUACGCAAAAUGGGCAGAAGAAUAUGAUAAGGACAUGGUUACUCUAAACUACACUGAACCAAGUGUCGGCGCAACCGAAAUGGAAAACUGCUUAAAGGACAACAAAGACGCCCUUAUUCUGGAUGCCGCCUGCGGAACCGGUUUAGGGGGCAUAGAGGUGAUGAUUGUAUCUGUUUGUCUGAGUCAGUAA